AUGCGAUUAAUCUUCAUAUUUAGUGUCUUAUUGGGGGUGUUGGGGUCCCAGGAAACACCCUCUAGGGAAGCUCAGCAGCUGCAGGCUCUCCACUGCCCACCCUGUGAACGCAUACACUGCUCCUCCCGACGGGCACUGAAGCUCCAGUGCAAAGGCGGUGUCACCACAGGAGUGUGUGGGUGCUGCCCGGUGUGUGCCAGAGCAGAGGGCGAGACCUGUGGGGGGACGUGGGACUACCUAGGGAAGUGCGACGAGGGGCUGGUGUGUGUUUACCAGGACUCAGAAGGUGACAAAGCAGACGCUGAGCGCAGAGGGGUCUGCAGGGCAGGUGAGACCAGUUUACAGCCUCAGAAGUAUCACAGAGAGGAUGAGUUUGAAUAUUUUUUAAACACUUACCAUGAAUACUGGAUCCCACAUUAUACUGAAAUCUGUCAUUUUUCUUCAAAUGGAAACGGAUUCUUGGAUUUUACAGCACAACCACACUCAUCCUUUUUUGUUUUCUGUAUAGGCUUUUUAUUUUGUGUAUAAAACUAUGUAAGAAUUAAACAUAAAAACGGUUCAAAUUGACAGCCCUGUUUUCAAAAUUAACAUAUCAGAAAAAAGGCUUAUGCAAAGGAACUCAUAAUUCUAAAAAUAUAUCAGUUUCUUAUCUAAACUUAUUACACUACUCUUUAUCACUAAACCUUUCAGAAUAAAAGCUUUAUUCCAGUGUUAUUCUGGUUAAAGGGCAGUUAUAGAAGUUGUACUUUUAUACUGUUAGGCUACGAUAAUGCAUGAAAUUCUGAAGAGUGAUCACCUGUUUUGCAGGUUUUGUCUGGGUAAGUCAUUGUAGUGGGAACAGUGCCAGUGUGGUAAAUCUUUUUUAUGAGCCGUAGGACUGAUAGUGUGGUCAAGGCUUCCUUUGAUUCAAAGGUAUGUGCUCACAGUUAAGCCAUCAUUACACCUCUUAUCUCCUCACGGUGAGGAGAGUUGACACUGUUUUUGAUACGCUAUCAGACGUAGUAAGAGGUUUUUUAUGCUUUGUUGCUGCUCGAGAAAAUAUGUAAAUAACAAAUCUAUAAAACAAAAGGUUGAUGAAUUCAAAGUGUGUUUAUUUUAAUGUGUUUUUACGCAGUGAUUGAAUCCUUGGAUCCAGAGAUUUGUCACCCAGACUGCACUAAGGAAUAUUGCCAGGCCAACCCCUCUGAAAUCUGCUCUGCCAGGUCACUAAAACAACAAAAAGACGCUUUUUUUCCCUCUUUGCUCUUGUGUGCUGCCUUUAAACAGAAUUAUGAAUCUCUCCUCUCUGUAGGCACGUGUCUCUGGAGAAAAAAGAGUGCCAGGGAUCCUGUCAACACACCUCCUGUUCGAGCUGCCUACUGCUGAGGCCCCCGUCAUGCUCUCAGACCUGCAGCUCCUCAGAUACUACCUGUCUGCAGCACUUUGGGAAGUGUGUGCACAAUCACCUGACGGCCAGUCAUAAUGCCGUAUGCCAUCACAAUCUGCAGGUAAGAAGAGGAAAGUAGUGUCUGAAUUUCCUUGUUUCAUUGCCCUACUUUUGAAAAACAUCUAACCUCACACUCUGUAUUGUCUCUUUUUCCUCUGUAGAGUCACUCUGAGGGGCAUUUUCUGUGUUUGGUUCCAGCCUGUUCAGACUCAGAACAGUGAUUCCGCUAUUUAAAGAAGAAUGUGAAGAAACUAGCUCAUGUAGCACAAUGUAAAAAGGCAGCUAUCUGUAACCUCUGUGUCUUUUUUAUCCAUGAAUCAAACUCUGAAUGCUCUGUAAGUCUGAAUAAAAGAAAACAAUCGUGUGUAUAUUAAAUCAGAAAUAAAAUCCCU